AUGUCUCCAAAGAUUGUUUUGGGGCGCUCCUUUUUCUCCAAAGAUGACGUGAAGCUCGCAAGCUUGAUCCCCAACAUCCUAGACAUUGAGCUGGAUGCCCUGGAGAGCGUGCUACCGCUUCAAGAAGGUGAUUAUACGGUUAGAAAGGUGGACGACAACCUUGCCAUAUUCAAGGCAGAGAAGGACCGGGACUUUCGAGCAUUUUUGUCCAAGUUAUUGAAUUUGAUCUCUCAAAGUUCAACACAAGCAGGUCUUCAAUUGACGGCACGAUCAGGGCAUAUUUAUAAUAUCAAGCAGCCCUCGGCCUGGUUUCUUCGACUCUGUGAGACAACCGAGGUGCGAGAAUGGCUACAGGAACAGAUAGAAGAUGGAAAUGAUGUUCAUUUCGUGGUUGGCUUCCACACUCUGUUCGAUGCUUCUACAGCAGAGGGCUUGGCCUUGACCUCAGCUCAUGGUGGUAACUUUUCAGUUGCCCUGGGUGAACUAUCUGGUUUACCCGUCAAUGGCUUCACAAAUGUCGGGGCGUCAGCAAGCUUUACAAACAACCAGGCUGCUACACAUCGUUACAUUGCCCCCGGAGAGCAGAUUUUUGCUGUUCGGCUGAAGAGGGUGGUGUUUCGGUUUUUGAAACCGCGCGAUGUAGAUAAUGCUCAUUUGGAAAAGACAAGUCGAUGGAGAAUGUCUUCAGACACCCGAAGUGCUGGUGACGAAUUUUCGGAGAUUGUGGAGGCUUCUUUGGAUGGCUUCUCGUCUGCGGGUGAAUAUGACGAAAGGGAUGGGAAUGAUGAUGCCGAACUGACGGAUGAUAAUACCGAGUACUAUGUGCUGGAUGAAUAG